AUGACAGAGUUUCUUCCUCAACAAAUCAGACAUACGUCUGUGCUCCAUCAACUUCUGAAGAAGAAAGCUCCUCCUUGGUCUUCUGAACACUCAGCAGCCAUUCAAGCUUUAAAACAGCUAUCUACAAAGCUCCCCUAUUUACAGAUUCCUUCUGAUGGACGUCGUAUUCUUCAAACUGAUGCUAGUGAUACUCAUUGGGGUGUAGUUUUACUUGAAGAAGCUCACGAUGCCAAAAGAACCAUCUGUGGCUAUAAGAGUGGCUCGUUCAAACCAUCUGAAGCUCACUAUCAUUCUACGUUUAAGGAAAUUCUUGCAGUCAGACGUGGAAUUGAAAAGUUCCAGUUUCAUCUCAUUGGACAUAUAUUCCUCAUUGAACUGGACAUGUCAAGUUUUCCUCGCAUGCUUGAGUUCCGGCAACGCACACUUCCAAAUGAUCAACUUCUUCAAUGGGCUCAAUGGAGUUACCUCCUAUCUUUAAGUGUAUCUUCUGGCACUUAUGUACAACCUACACCAUAG